AUGUCAUCCACCAAAGUCAAGGCCUACGAGCUGCGCUCCAAGAGCAAGGCAGACCUGCAGACGCAGCUCGGCGAACUGCGUAAGGAGCUCGGCACACUCCGCGUGCAGAAGAUCGCCGGUGGCAGCGCUGCCAAGCUCACCAAGAUCAACACCGUCCGGAAAUCGAUCGCUCGCGUGCUGACGGUUACGAACCAGAAGGCGAGACAGAACCUGCGCGAGUUCUACAAGGAUAAGAAGAAGCUGCCCCUGGAUUUGCGUGAGAAGAAGACGCGUGCGAUCAGGAGGAGGUUAACACAUGCCGAGGCUACUGCACGGACCGAGAAGCAAAAGAAGCGCGACACGCACUUCGGCAGGCGCAAGUACGCCGUCAAGGCUCUUGCGUAG